GUCCAAUAGAAUGAACGACUGAGCAUCCAGACCUUGAGUCUGAGCUCAGGUCAUCACCAGCUGUGCUCCACUUCAGCCAUGGGAAUCUUUCGUGGCUUGAGGCUCGUGCGAGACCUUCGUCUCCGUCAUGGGCCAAGCCACGCGACACGGAAAGGGAAGAUCUUCCGGUCCGCACUUUGCUCGUUCCCGAUAUUCCUUGCUGUAUGUUGCUCUGUGGUCAAGCUAGUCAGAAGGCAUGGACAAGCUAAACCGUCUGCUGUCGCAGUCGACCUUGUCGUCGGGCCGAGCGCUCAUUGGAGUUAUCGAUGGUGGCCAGGGCACCCACCUUUCGACGCUGGGGGUAGAUCUCACUUCCUCUCUCUUCGGCACUUCUCUUCUAGCCUCAUCCAACCCUGACGACUUCUCCACUGUGAAGCGUCUGCACAGAGACUACUUCUCCGCCGGCGCCCAAAUCGUUGGGACCUUGACCUACCAGCUAGCAGAUCUGGCAUGCGAGAAGGGAGGUUGGUCUUCUGAGGAGAUUCAACGGAAGAGGGCCGACAUGUGGGAUCGGGGAAUCAGAGGGGCAGGUGAAGCACGUGAAGAGUGGAUCAAGGAGCAGGGCGGCAAGCUAGAGGAGCGACCCCUCGUCAGUCUGACAUUGGGGCCGUAUGGAGCCUGUCUGGCAAAUGGCGCAGAAUAUACCGGCGAGUACUCUUCAUUUUCAUAUUUCGACCUAGUCCGAUUCCACAAAGAUCGGCUUGUAGCAGCAGCUGCAACCCCCACUUUCGCGAGCACAGUGGACCUGAUCGCCUUCGAGACAAUACCCCGCAUAGACGAGGCCGACGCCAUUCUGACAGCUCUAGAGGAGCUCCUACAAGAAGAUCAAGGAGGACGGCUGACAGAAUCAGCGCUGCCUCCGGUCUACAUCAGCUUCGUCUUUCCACCAGAGACAGAAGGACGCUUCUUACCGUACCCGACUACAGAAGAUCGGACAGGGCUGAAAAAGAUUGUGGAGCUGAUCCAGAAGCGCAAAAGGGGGCUCAAGUGGCCGAUUGCGGGUGUGGGUAUCAAUUGUACAAAGACGAACAUCCUGAAGAGCACCUUGGAGUACUUUGCGCAGGAAGCCCUACAAGAGCCAAGGCAAUUGAAAGAGGAAAAGCUACACCUCUUUAUGUACCCAGACGGAGGGCUGGUGUGGGAUGCGGUGAAUCGAUGCUGGCUCGAUCCUGCAUCAGGCAAGCAGACCAACGAGCCCCCCUCGCCUGCCACAUGGGCACGAGACCUCUACAGUCUUGCUGAGGUCGCGGCUGUCAGUGGUGCCUGGGCAGGCAUUUGGUUAGGAGGAUGCUGCAUGACUGGUCCGAGAGAGAUCGAGGAGCUUGCGAGCCUGGUGGCUAGGUCCUAG